AUGCCGUCCGCGAAAGGAAAACCCACGGAUCCGAAGUUGAAGGAGGAAGUUACUGAAGAAGUAAAACAACAAACCAACAAAGACGGGUCCGGAAAAGGGCAGAUGGCAGCCUGGAAAGCGAACAAAAUCGCAAAAACCUACGAAGCAAAAGGCGGCGACUACACCAACGAGCCGGGCUCAAAAGAUAAACCCGUGAAGGGGCCACCGCAGAAGAAGUCCGAGGCCCAGAAGAGCGCGGAGACGUCCAAGUCGCCGGGUGCGAAGAAAGGGAAAGGUAGCACGACGAAACAGGAUGCGGAGAAGGGCAAAGAUGCGACGGAGACACCCAGCACGGAUUUGAAGGAGGAUGAGAGGGAGGGGGACGAGGAUAUGGAGGAGGAGGUGGAGGGGAAGAGGAAGAAUGUGGCGAAUCAGGGGAAGAAGAAGGUUGGACGGCCGAAGAAGGGGGAGGGUGAGAGUAAGGGGAAGGAGGUGAAGAAGAAGGAGGAGCCGAAGAAGGGGGAGAGGAGUAGCGCGAGGCAGAAGGGGGAGAAGGCUGAGGAGGAGGGGGUGGAGGGCGCGAAGAGAAAAAGAGGUGCUGCUGAGGAGGGUGAGGAUGUGAAGAAGGGGGCGAAGAAGGGGAAGGGGACGAAGUGA